UCGCAAGGCCUAAGUCAAAGAAAGCCGAGUUUUCCUUCCUUUUACACCAAUGGAUCGAAAUCCAAGCGAGAUUAAUAUGGAAGAUGAAAGUGAUAACCGAUAUGCGUGCAUUCCAAAAUUAGAUGAUUACAGUGCUUCACCGACAUUUGGAUUCGUCGAGGAAUCGCCUUCGCUUGAUCUUCCUGAAUACUUUCAGCCAUGGGUUGAACUGGCCACCCAUGUUGAAGAACUUAUAAGGAAUGGCCAGAUCAGGAGAGAGAUACAACAGCUCCCUAUUCUGGAUCACACCCGACUACAGAGCCCCCAGGCCUACAAAGCAGCAAUGGUGUGUUUAGUGGCCAUUACACAUGCGUAUGUAUGGUGUGAAGGGGAAGAUGGAAUUCCAGAGGUCCUGCCAAGAUGUAUUGCAGUCCCCUUCACAGCUGUUGCAGACUAUCUUCGCAUACCUCCAUCUCUCACCUCUUAUGGUUUUGGGCUCAUUAAUUGGAAACUUCAAGAUCAAAAAGGAAAAGUGGAACUUGAUAAUAUAGAAACGCUUAUUCAAAUCUGUGGAGGUCAAGAUGAGUCCUGGUUCUUCUGCACAGCUACACAGGUGGAAUUAGACUUUGCUCCAGCCUUGUGCAGUAUACUAGAAGCACAAAAGGCUGUCAUUGACAGAGAUGUGGGAAAGAUGAUCAAAGAAUUGCAGACAAUUGAGGAGGCUAUAUACAAAAUGAAAAACAGUCUUUGCAGGAUAACAGAUGGAUGUAGGCCUCAUGUAUUCUACAAUGUAUUCAGACCAUUUCUAGCUGGUUGGGAUGCCCCUGCCUUUAAGAAGAAAGGGCUCAAAGGAUUAAUCUAUGAGGGGGUCAGUGAGGAGCCUCUCUCAUAUACUGGAGGCAGUGCUGCUCAGAGCUCUACAUUGCCAUGUCUUGAUGCUGCUUUAGGUAUUACCCACCAAGGUUCAGAAGCUAAACUUUGCAAGUCAUUCCAGCAGUACAUGCCAAAGCCACACAGAGAUCUCAUAAAAGCAAUACAAGAUGGGCCAUCUAUUAAAGGAUUCGUCCAUGAAUGCGGAUCGUUGGAAGCGGUUGAGAGCUUCAACAAGUGCCUCAUGGCAGUCAAAGCUUUUAGAGAUUUCCACAUCCAGGUUGUGACAAGGUACAUCGUUGCCAUGUCACAGCAGAAUGAUGUUAAUAAGAAGUAUUCGACACAACAUGAAGCUGGAACUGGAGGAUCAGGUUUUAUGAUGUUCCUAAAGGGACUACGGGAUACCACCACCUACAACCUUCUGGGUAGAGAUCUCAAUGAUAACACUGUAACAACGGAUGGAGUUACCAAGGCAACGUAUGGUGAUGUCAGUAAAGAUGAUGGAUGGAUGGGUUGGAAGAGAUUCAUUGGACCUCUAACUAUCUGUGUAGUAGUUGCGCUUUUUACUAUUUUGAUCAUGUGAUGCUUCCUCAAAACUGUGUCCUAUAGGAUUUUUUAUCAGCAUUAUUUUUAAAAUUGUAUGCAGCUGUUUUUGUCUCAAAUGCAUAGCAGAGUGAGACUAUAGCCGCCGCUUUUCCGACGGCGGCGGCGUCAACACCAAAUCUUAACCAAAGGUUAA